AUGUUUUUAAUGAAGAAUAUUGUUUUUGUGUACUCCGUCUUGGCAUACUUUGCUCAUUUUUGCUAUGCGGUUUCUAGCAAAUCUGGAGCAGUCCCUCCGGGAGCAACCGCUACAAAAGUAUAUAGAAUAGCUAGUGGUACACAUGUUACGGGAGUAGAAACAACGAUUUUUCGACCUCACAAGACUUACAAAGGACUGCCUACAGAUGCAUAUUACAAUUGUCAUCCUCAAAAAUAUUAUCAAAGUGAUAUGCCUAUUUGCUUGCCUACUCCCGGUUCUCGUUGGAUUAAGGGAAAGCCUCAAAGGGUGACUUGGGACCCUUUGUACUUUAAAGCAGAUGAAUUACGUCUCGUGUUGUCUUAUCAAAAUAAAUCUGGGCUAAUUGCUAUGGAAAAAAAAAUAAAAAAUAAAGACGGAGAGCUUAACCUGAAACCAAAUGACAAAUGGCUACAUGGCGACUUUCUUCAGAACCUGACUGUCAACAUUAUAAGCGUAGGCGAGGGAAAUCCUACUUUUAUAUCGGGCCCUAAUAUCACUCUACAAAAAUCUUUAGACCCUCAGGAACAGUAUGCAGAAGAACAAGAAAUUUAUGCACCUAAGCGUAAUUUAAAAGCAGCUAUUGCUGUGCCUUCUAUCUUCUUGGGUAUCAUACUCAUGAUAGUAUUGUAUCACACAUAUCGGAAGGAUACUUGGAAAAUCUUUAUUGCUAAGAUGCGCUUACGAAAAUCAAACGCUGGUUACGGAGUCCGUAAAAGUAGAAGACAGCGUACGCGUGGACGGCCAACUGUCAGCCUUGCUUCAAGAAGUGAACUUGUAUACGACGAUUCCGAAGACGAAGAGUAUUUCAAUUCACAACUUAAGAAAAUGUAUUAA